AUGAGGAAGCUGCUGUUUCUCAUUCUAAUGAUAGCUGACGUCUACGGAUGUGGCCUUCCUGCCUACCCUCCUGUGCCGGGACGAGUGGUAGCCGGGGUGGAUGUCAAGCCACACAGUUGGCCCUGGCAGGUGUCCCUCCAAUCAGACAGCAGUGGGCGCUGGAGUCACGUAUGUGGGGGAACCCUAAUUGCAUCCGAGUGGGUCCUCACUGCUGCACACUGCAUCAAUGACCGUUACAAGUAUAGAGUGGAAGUGGGUAAGCACAGCUUAAAGGCGAAUGAGGAGAGCUCGGUAGUUCGGAGGCCAGGCCAGAUCAUCACCCAUGAGAACUACAACAUCCUGCUCAGCCGCAACGACAUUGCCCUGAUCAAGCUCUCCACCCCUGUGGUUUUCUCUGACACGAUCAUGCCAUCCUGCCUCCCACAACGCAAUGCCGUCCUUCCCCAUGGCUCUGCAUGCUACAUAACUGGCUGGGGUCGACUGUCCACUGAGGGUGCGCCAGCUGACAUCAUGCAGCAGGCUCUCCUGCCUGUGAUUGACCACAGCACGUGCUCGCAACCGGAUUGGUGGGGCGUCCUGGCAACUGACAAAAUGGUCUGCGCUGGUGGAGAUGGCAUCACUGCUGGCUGUAAUGGAGACUCUGGGGGUCCUCUGAACUGCCAGAACCCUGAUGGCUCCUGGACUGUCCAUGGAGUAGUGAGCUUCGGUUCAGGACAAGGCUGUAACUUCUUCCAAAAGCCGACCGUAUUUACCCAAGUCAGCUCUUACUUGGACUGGAUUGACAGAGUAAGCAAUUUUGUGUAA